AAUAUAAACUGUUUAGUUGUUAUGAAUUUAUUGUAUAUUUUAAAAAUUUUUCAGAUAAGUAACAUUCAAAGGCAGCUUAAUAGAUUAGAUGACCGCAGUAAAGUUUACCAUACCGAUUUAGAAAAGACACUAAAAAGACUGGAACAAUUUUACAAGGAUUACUCUACUACUCUUAAGGAUCUAGAAAAUUUAAUAUCCGAAGAGAAAAAUUUCAAAUCGGUCGGUGGAGAUGUAGAAACUGUUCGUUCUCAGCAACAGCAGUUCAAGACUUUAUGCCAGAAAAAAAUAGAACCACUCAAGAAAAACAUUGAAGAAGUUAAUAAAAGUGGCCAAGGUUUGAUCCAAUCUGCCUCUUCUGGCAUCAAUACGACUGGUCUUGAACAAGAUUUAGAGAAAUUGAAUGAGAAAUGGAACACACUAAAUGAAAAAUUGAAUGAGAGAGAACGUCGAUUAGAUGUUGCUUUGAUACAAUCAGGAAAAUUCCAAGAAGCACUUGAUGGAGUUCAAAAGUGGAUCCAUGAUACAGAAGAAAUGGUUUGUAAUCAGAAAGCACCUUCAGCUGAUUAUAAAGUUGUUAAAGCUCAAGCCCAAGAACAGAAGUUUUUGAGAAAAUUACUUUUGGAUAGACAAAAUAGCAUUUGUUCUUUACAAACGAUGGGAUCUGAUAUUUUGGGACAGUCUCAAGAUACUGAUGUUAACCAACAACUAACCACAUUACUUCAGAAAUUUAAUACCUUAACUUCAAAAGCCCAAGAACGUAUGGAUUGUCUCGAUAACACCAUACCGGUUGCUCGAGACUUUCAAGAAAAAUUAACUGUUCUUACCGAAUGGAUAGAAAUAGUUGAAAAGAGAAUUGUGACAUUGUCAACUGUACCGACUGAUCAAGAUCGUCUUAAAAUUAAUAUUGUUGAACAUAAGAAUCUUGAAAAAGAAAUUAUUGAACACGAUAGAUUUUUUGAUGAACUGAAAAAUCUCUCAUUAAAAUUAAAAAAUCUUGUUGGAAUUGAUGAAGCUAACAAUGUGGAGGAACGUCUUAAAGAAGUGAUUGAAAGAUUUGAAAUGGUUAUCAAAGAUAAUAAAAUUAUAGGACAAAUAUUAACUGAUGUGUGUGAUGGUCUUGGAAAAUUUACUGUGAAAUACCAGAAAAUUAUAGCAUGGAUAGAGAAAAUGAAUACUCGUUUAUCCCAUUAUGAAAUUUUAAAUGUUUAUGUAGAUAAAUUACAAGAACAAUUGAAUGAACUUAAGAAAUUAAAAGAUGAUAUAAAUGAUCAUGAAGAUGAAGUUCAAGAUACAAUUAAUUCUGGAAGAGAUAUAAUGAAACAUGCUUCAGGUAAAUCUUUAGUCUUUAACCACAUUUAAAUACUGUAAAUAAUA